UGUCCUGCUCGAUUAGCACCUAUAAAAGCCUCCGUCGCGCCGCUGAUUAUUUGCUUCCUUGGAUUCUUUUCUUGCUCUUCACUCGAUCUCGUCUGAAACCCUAUAUUCUGUUCUUUUUCAUCUUCGAAAUCGCUUCCGGAAGAUAAUUCGAAGGGAAGCUAGUUUUUUUGAGAAAUGAAGGGUGAUGAGAGUGAUGGAGAGGAAACUUCCUCCCGCGGGAACGAUUGGGAAGUUGUGUCACUGACUGCAUCAACAUAUGCUGCUGCACCUGGGCCAAAAGGAUCCGAGUCGUUCUAUGAUUACAAGAAUGAGGUAGUCACCAACGAUGAGGAGAAAUCCUCUCCUGCAAUGUUCAUGUCCAGUCACUUUGUAUAUCCACCACAACAGCAUGAAAAUUUUCCAGUGGAGCCUGAUAACAAUGAAAUUCAUAAUGGACUUGGAGGAGAAGGUUUGGACCAAGCAUGUGGGCUGGAGACAGUGCAAGGUGAUAGACCUGGCAAAACCGUGGAAGAAGAUUGGAAUAUCAAAGGAUAUUCUGAUGGGCAUGAGAUACACGGAAUUCCUUUAUUUAACAAAGUGAACCGGAAUCUCUCUUUUCAUGCCACAGAAUUUGAAGAAGUCAAGGCUUUGCAAGGUCUAAAUUUUGCUGAAAAGGAGCAGAAUGAAUACGAUACAGCUAAAUUCAGUUCUUUUCAUGCCGAAACGGAUAUAAGUGGAGCAACUGGCUAUGAUGAAAGCACUUCUAUUUCUGAAUCCAACGACCCUUCCCAGCUAAAUUCAGAUUCUCCUUUGGCUGAGUCAGAGUCUCAAAAGGGAGAAAAAGAAGAUAAGCAUAAUGAGUCUGUUCUUCCCUGUGAAGCAUGGUGGAAAAGGCAAGCUGUGUCGUUAUAUAACCAUGCAAAGGAGGGAAACACAUUUUGGUCUGUCGUUGCUGCUGCUGCUUUUUUGGGGCUUGUAAUUUAUGGGCAGCGGCGGCAACAUGAGAGCUGGCAGAUUCAGCAACUUAAGUGGCAAUGCAGUAUCAAUGAUGAGAAGAUAAACCAGAUGUUGGGCUCCAUCUCAUGGUGCAAAGACGUGCUUGUGGGCAGCAACCGGAACGGUCCAGUCAUCCGGGUCAGCAUUACUGCAGCCACAGCUGCAGCUGCAGCCGAGCAUUGAUGAUGAUGAUGACGACAACAACAAUAAGGAUGACAUAAAAAAGGUAAGGGUGUAUAUAAAGAGGGAGGGGUCUGUUUACAGCAGACUCUUACUUCAUUACUGUAAGACUUAGGCUUCUUUGACAGCAUCAUUUGUUGCCUUCAUGUACUCUUUAAAACCUUCAUGUAAAUCUGGAUUUAGCUUUUAUGUCUUUAUACCUGCCAUGUAUAUAUUGUUAAAAUGUCUAUAUCUCUACCAGAUAUAUAACGCGAGUACGAGUAACAUUUGGACAA